AUGGCCAAGGCCCAAGAUGUCCCCUGCCAGCAGAAGGCAAUAUCCAGAGGCGGUGAGGAGAAGGCAGCGAUCGUGGGGCAGAUGCCUGGCAAGGGAUGGCACCAGCUGAGAGGAAGGAAGGAAGAAAGAGAAGUAACUAGCUCAAAUGUGCCUCGCUCUGCUGCCGGGGCUCGGGGGCUCGGCUGGAAGGAUCUAGUUUCUCUUCGGUGGCAGGAAAAGGAGCCACAGGAGGAGGGAGAGACGGACACCCAGACAUGCCCGUCCCGUCAGGCUGCUGGCUCCUUCUCCUUUGCCUGGCCAGGUAGGUCUGAAGCUCUCCAGGUCUAUUGGUUCUUAUGUCCUCUCUCUCCUUCUCUGCUCCAGUUGUCACUACAAAUCAGUCCGCCAUGUGAAAGUGAACAACACUAUGAACAUUCUGGACGGUGCUGUUCAAAGUGUGAGCCAGGAAAAUAUAUGUCUGCUAGAUGCACUGGUACUUCCGACAGCCUGUGCCAGCCGUGUGGCCCAAAUGAGUAUAUGGAUGUCUGGAAUGAAGAAGAUAAAUGCUUACUACAUAAAAUAUGUGAUCAAGGGAAAGCUUUGAGAGAAGUGAACCCAGGGAACAGCACGUUCCAGCGGCAGUGUGCUUGUACCAUGGGCUACCACUGGAAUGAAGACUGCGACUGCUGCCAGCGAAAUUCCAUAUGUGCUCCAGGAUUUGGAGUCGAGCAUCCUGUGCAACAAGACAAGGACACAAUGUGUACACCAUGUCCCAGAGGCUACUUCUCACAGGUCGCUUCAUCCACCGACAAAUGUAAAUCUUGGACCAACUGUACAGCUCUAGGAAUGGCAGAAAUCGUGCCUGGAACUGACAAGUCAGAUGCUGUUUGCAAGAAGAUGCCUGAGCCAUCGGAAGAUGGAACAAACAAGAUCUUAUACGUGUUGAUUGUCAUCUUGUUUUUUGUGGCACUAGUUGGCAUUGUCAUCUUCAUUGUGUACUACAAGAAUAAGGGAAAAAAGCUGACAGCAGAUCUACAGAACUGGGCUAACGAAGUGUGCAGCCAAAUAAAAGGAACAAAGGAGCCCCCAAGGGAUGCAUUUGUUACCGUGAACACCACGAAUGCUGCUGUUCCCCAGACCUCUGAAGGUGUGUGUCUCCUGGGCCCCGAUGGCUCUCCAGGCUCUGGAAACGUGUGCUGCGCCAGUGGUCACACUCCCUGCAGGAAAGGGAGCCCCGGCAUGGCACCGUGCGAGGCAGGAGGGAUCCUGACAGAGUUUUCUGUGGUAACUGAGACUGAUUAUGACCAUUUCCCACCAGUUCCCAUGGAAGAUGAAUACACAGAUAAGGAUCUUAAUACCACUGAUGAUUUAUCUUUGCUGAGUCGGACUGCCAGUAAAACUGUGUCAUCAUUUUCAGAACCGAUGGAGGCAGGGGAGAAUGACAGCUUAAAUCAAUACUUUUCAGGGAUUGGGAGCACAGAGGAUAUAUCAGUCUCUCAAGGGUCCCACCCUUCCUCCAACAUGGAUGGGGCACAUGUUGCCAUGGACAAACUUCUUCAGAAAUCUUGCCAAUGUGCCCACAGUUGCUUGAAGGAAACGGGCAGUAAAGACACAGAUUGUUUUGCAACAAACUGUGACUCAGAGAAGAUCUGUGUGAGGUGUGGCAUUUCAUACAGGGAAUAUCCCAAAAAGUGGAGCAAACCCUGUUGUGCUGCAGCUGACAGUGCCUCCACCUCCCCAGAAACCGGAUCCUGUGCACAGUGUACCUGUGGCUUGAAUUUUCUCUCUGCUGGUCAGAGCACUAUAGCAAGUGAACACGGUAUGGAAGAUGCACCUUCGGAUAGUACCAACAUGAAGUACCAGAACGCAAACAGAAGCACAUCAGGGACAAACAGCAGCACGUCAGACCUCCCUCCAGCAUCUGGAAAUGUGACUGGAAACAGUAACUCCACCUUUAUCUCAAGUGGACAAGUAAUGAAUUUCAAGGGUGACAUCAUUGUUGUCUACCUUAGCCAAAACUCCCAGGAGGGGACAACAGCCUCAGGGCCAAGCGAGGAGAACGUGGGCAGCCCUGUGCAGGAGGAGAACCUCAGCCGCUGCGAGACUUUCGCCGGCAACGCCCAGCACUACAAGGAGAAGUGUGCGGAGCUGCAGGGCGCUUGCCCGCUGGCGGGGAGCGGGAGGCCGCAGCGGCGUUCUGCUGGAGCCCUGGCCCAGCAGCGGGGCCCGUCCCGCCACGGCCAGGCCUCGCAGCCCGUGCAGGAGGAGGGGAAGCUGGGACACUUCUCGGAGAAGGUGUUGAACUGA